CUUUAUUUCAAGCCCGACCGCGGAGUCGUGUGGUGGUGCUGCUCCACGCGCACUUUCUAAAUUUCAAUAUACAUACACCGCAUAUACGUAUAUAGACGAGUGCGCGAGUUAUAUACAUAAGCCGAGCGCGCGUGUGUGUGUUUGUGCGCGCGCAAGUCAAGACGCGUGCAGAGCAGUGUGUAUUUUAAGGAAAAGAGAGAGAGAGAGAAAGAGAAAGAAACACCGGGCCCCUCUUCUAGUCAAGCACGAGUUGUACGAACUCUGAUUUUUUCUACCAUCUAUAGUUGUAAUCGUAAACGAGUCUAGUCGAGCCAGAUCAAGGAUUUUUCGAUUUUCCCGCCUUUGCCGUCCGCGUGUACUGCAGAAGAUCGUUCGUGCAGCAGCGCGCGUGUUGUUCCGAGCUAAGCAGAACCAAGAGAGAAAGAGAGACAAAGAAAGGAGCAGCUCGUUAUUUUGCCAAAGUGAAGAAUUGUGCCACACCGUAUACACCUCGUUGUUAUAUACAUCUAUUUUAUACACCACUACUACUUCGAACUACUAUAUAUCAGAAUACUCUACUGUGCAGCAGGGAACUCUUCUGUGAUCGCGUGUGUUUUUUAAUUCGUGCAUACGUAACGCCGUAGCAAAGUAACAACAGCUUACAACCCGAAUAGUUAUACACACACACACGGGAGAGCCAAGAAGAAGAAGAAGAAGUGAGAGGAGCGUUUGCUUUUCCAAUCGCGUCGCGUCAAGUGCCAAUAUCGCAGUAUAUAGUCACUCUCUCGCUCGCACUUGCAGAAGAGGACUGGAAGGAAGCUGCGAAGGUCGAGCUUAUACAUAUACACCGGCGAACGUGCGCUUCCGGCUACUACUGUACUCUCUCUCUCUCUCUCUCUGCUCGGCUGUGUGUGUGCGUGCAUGUGUUGCUGCCGGCGGGCGUAGAGAAGAGAUAGCCGAUGUCGCCUGGAUUAUACCGCCAAGAUAUCGCGAAUCAGUGAGAGCGACGCGUUUAUACACGUAUAUAUAAUACUAUAUAGUGUGCAACUCUCUCGUUAGCGCUCGAGGAUGACGUGUGCUCGUGAUUGAGAGAGCCUCGAUCUUGAUUAUAAGAGAAGAGUGAGAGUGAGAGGGAGUAGUGUCGUCGCUCUCUCAGCUGAUAUGCUGCGCUUUUGAGACGAGUUUUUAACAUUCCAUCCAGAGGUUCGGCAGAGCAGCCCUUAGUCCAGACACUGACGACGCAACGAUGGGUCGGAAAAAGAUACAGAUCUCCCGUAUCACGGACGAGCGGAAUCGUCAGGUGACGUUCAACAAGCGAAAAUUCGGAGUGAUGAAGAAGGCGUACGAGCUGUCCGUCCUGUGCGACUGCGAGAUCGCCCUGAUAAUCUUCAGCUCGAGCAACAAGCUCUACCAGUACGCCAGCACCGACAUGGACAAGGUCCUCCUCAAGUACACCGAGUACAACGAGCCCCACGAGUCGCUGACCAACAAGAACAUAAUCGAGGCGCUCAACAAGAAGGAGCAUAAAGGCGCCAUGUCGCCUGAGAGCCCGGAGCCGGACCAGCAGGAGUACAACAGCCUGACGCCCCGCACCGAGGCCAAGUACGCCAAGAUAGACGAGGACUUCCAGAUGCUCAUACGCAACCAGCACAACGGCUCGAGGGGAAUGGGACAGUCCAACUACACGCUACCGGUGACAGUGCCCGUGAACAACUACGGGGAAAACAUGCUCGGCUCCAGUCCGCAGAUGGCGCACACCAGCAUCUCUCCGAGGCCGUCGUCGUCUGAAACGGAUUCAGUGUAUCCACCGGGAGGCAUGCUGGAGAUGAGCAACGGCUACCCGCCGUCGGCCUCGCCGCUCGGCGGUUCCCCGAGUCCAGGACCCUCGCCCUCGCUCGGCGUCUCCAAGGGCAAUCCGUCGAGGCACUCGCCCCAGCCGCCACCGCCGCCCCAUCCGCAUCGAGGUGCUCUGCGCGUCGUCAUACCCACGCCGCUCGGCCAGUCUCUCGCCGAGGAGCCCAGUUACGACAGCGGACACGCGCAAUCGUCGCUGAACACGCCGGUGGUAGCGCUGCAGACGCCCUCGGUACCGCCGAGCUACACCAGCUUCGGCCCGACGGACUACUCGACGGAUCUCAGCAGUCUCGCCUGGUCUCAUCAGAGGUACGUUGAUGACUUGUCAAUGUAUUCGGCAGCCACCAUGUCCAGUAUAAGCAGUCUUCCUCACUUGGCGGUGUCCAGCAGCACGCCGCCGCCGUCAACGUCGCCUAUACCCGUGAAAAUCAAGAGCGAGCCCAUCAGUCCACCCCGAGAUCCCCACGCGGGUAGCGGUGGAUCCAACGGCUCGAUCAGCGGACCCAGCAAUUCCUCCAGUCUACACCAUCCUGGUCACACAAGCCUGAACGUGGGAGGUCCGUCCUCAUCGUCGGGCGGUCCACAGCCGCCACCGCCUCACCACGUCAGCCAGCAACAACAGCACGGCGGGCCGCAGACGCUGAACCUCGUUUCGGUGAGCAGGCCCGGAAGCAAUCCACCGCCUUCGCACUCCGGCAGCAUCACUCCCACAAAUCUGCCGUCGCCUGGACCACAAGGCGGCGGCGGCGGCGGCAACGGUGGUGUCGUCGUCGGCGAUAUGCGCACGAGCCACGGACCUGGAGCCUCGGGUGGCAGCGGGAGCGACUACGAAAACGGACCGCUUCACAAACGCUCGAGGAUCACCGAGGGCUGGGCGACUUAAUGGUGUGUAGCGCCAAUGCCAGCCGCGUCGCCAAGCUCGAGCGGCGCCCGACCAAGUGACCCUGACACUGGCUACUACUACCCGUUGUUGCAGCAGUCGGCGCGCACCCACGGCUCCGGCGCACAGAUAACGAGCAACGCGUCGUCUACGUCACCGCGACGAAGACGAGCUGAGCUCGCACGUUACAUCUGACAGAUUUAAAGACAUGAGAAAUAUUCAGAAAGAAAGAGAGUUAGCAUGCGCGUAACAUACACAUACCCUCUUCGAGACGCACAGCCGCAGCAGCUGCGAGACAACUAACGCCGGCGAAGAUUCGACGAAUAUUUUGCGGGGAGAGCGAAGGAGAGAGGGAGGGAAACGAGUCGUUUCUUCUUCUCUUUGUUUUUGUCAUUCAACUUCUUUCCCUCUCUCUCUCUCUCUCUCUCUCUCUCUCUUUCUCUCUCUCAGGACUGUUCGUUUCGCGCCCGUGUCGCCACAGAGAGAAAAUCUGUUAUAUAUAUUUUCGAGCGAUGAAUUGAACGGACGAUUUACUAACGGAGAAAGAGUCUAUUUGAUAAUGAUGAUAUCAUGCUGAUUCUGAUGAUAAAAAUGUGGUGCCAUAAUGUUGAAACUUUAUAUAAAUAUAUAUAAUAUAUAAAUAUUAUAUAUACACACGAUGGAUAUACUAUAUAUAUAUAUUUUCAUGUAUAUAAAUAAGAGGUGUUGUUUGUAUAUACGUCGCGAGAGGCCCGUAAUGAUGAAAUUUCGGCCAGCUCCUCGUGACCCUACUACGAUCACUCCGAGUGCAAUGAGGAUGAUGAUUUGAAGAAAUGAAUUUGUAAUGCGACCGAUGGAGUAGUAAAGAAAGAAUUUACUAGUUGUUAUAUCGGUAGAGUCAUAAUGUUAUGACGAGCGGGUGAAUGGCUUUAAACCAAGUGUCGUAUAAAGGGACAAUGCACAAAGAGGAAAAAGAGUGUGUAAAAGAAGGAACUUUCAUUUCGUUUGGUGAAUUCGCGUUGAGAUAAAAGAAAAAAGAAAACAGGUGAAUCGGAUAUGCGCACGCACUUACCGCGCGAUUGUUGUGUUUGUUGUACUUGGUAUAGUGGUCUUAGAGCAGCAUAAUCCGUUAAUAUCAACCACGCACACACUCCUCUAUGCAUACAUGCACACGUGCACAAUCGUAAAAACACGCCUCUUUUAUCUUUUUUUCUUACCUUUUUAUUAUUAUAUAAUUAUUAUAUAAAUAUUGUAUCUUUUAUUUGCCAUUCGAACGGAUAUCAACAUUUGUGCGUACUCGAUCUAGUCAUUUAAGUCGUGUCUAUUAUUUUCUUUUUCUUUUCUCUUCUAUUCUUAAAUUGACCAACAAUAACUGCUAUGAUCUGCGGUUAUGCUGAACUUUUAUUUGAACACUUUCUGUUAUUCUUUCUCUUUUUUUUAUUUAAAGAUCGACAAAGAGAAGUCACAUUUAUAAUUUUAAAAAGCUCCGUCGCUUCGUGUAUGAUAUGACGAGGAUCUCACACGUGUACGAUGAUAAUGAUAACGAUGAUGAUGAUUCUUAUUUCUUUUUUUAAUUUUAGUGAGUUACAUUAACGGUCUAUGCCUGCUGAUAAUUGCGUGAAAGUCGGCCACUGUACUCAAAUUAUUCAUAUUAUAUGAGAACAAGAUUCGAAAUUAAUAUAUUAUAUAUAAAUACAUAUAUAUAUUAUAAAAAAAGAAAUACUAUUAGAUAAAUAGUUAGGCGUAUGAUGUAUAGCAUUGUUUUAAAGAACAAAUUUACACACACCCAAACUCAUAUUGAAAAAAAUCUAUAUGACUAUAUUGUGCAGUCAAACUCCUCAGGUUGCUGGUUGAUAGAGGGGAAAAAAGUACAGGAAGGGACUAGUGCAUCUUUCGCAUGUAAUGUUUGUGCAAUCGAUCGAUUGAGAAUCGAUUCUUGGUAAACUGAAAGGUCUGACUGCAUACAUUUUUCACGAGUAUUUUGCACAUUUGAUAUUAAAGCUGAUGAACGAUGAUAAAAGUAAAAUAAACAGGUCCAUACAAAGAUUAUAUUGAAACCCUUUUAAUGCCUAAAGUAAAGAAAAAUUUGAACAUUUGACGAGGGCUCGUCUCACAAGUAUGUGUCGAUUUCUAAAUGUCUGUGAAAAUUGCGUACGCGAAAAAAGUGAACAAUUUUUUCUGUACAUUGGCUAUUAAUGCUACAUAUAUACAACGUUAUAUAUAUAUAGUGAAAAGUGAAACAACAAAUUUUUCUAAAAAAUCGUGCGGUUCUCGCGUUCGAAAAAGUGAAAAAAAUAAUUUUAACAAAAUUUUCAAGUUUGUAUAUAAUAUAAAAAAAGAAACCGCGUACAUUUUUUCAUGCAGGUCGCAUCGUGAAUAACCUUACUGUCGAAGGAUCGUGCAAUUGUUGAUGAGGGAAGUGGGGAAGAAAAACGUUGACCGAACGUGUGCGAUACCAGUUUUUCUUGCGCAGCUCUCGGCCACCUUUAAUCGUUCGUCUGUUUUUUUACACGUGAUAUUUAAUAUUACGUGUACACUGUACAGCGACGUGAUAGCGACAUAGUUAACAGCGUUGCAUAUUAUAUAUCACAUAUAUAUAUAUUUAUACAUAAAACUGAAAGCCUUGUAUAUUUGCAUUCGUAUAAUCGUGUAUAACGUGCAACGAGUGAAAAAAUCGCAGUGUGGUCGAAGCUAUUUGGACUGGGAAUUGUAAGACAGAAUGCGCGCGCGUGAAGUAUUUGUAAACAAAUGUAGAUUUAAAAAGUAUACACGUAAAUAUAUAUUUAAUGAAACAACGGGACGCGUUUAACGUGCCGAACAUUCUCUCUGGAGCCUUGAAUUCUAUGCCUUAAUAAUCCUUAUCGUUAUCUCGGAAGACAUAUCCUCGUGAGAAUUGCUCUCGUGUGAAUUAUCAAUUGAUGAAUGGGUAUAAAAAGCUAUUAAAUUGCAAAGGAUAAUUAUAAAGUAAGGUAUAUGGCAAAAAAAAAAGAUAAAAGUAAACGAGUACAUAAACGUAAUUUAACUGUAUAAUCUUAAUGGAGUACACAGGUAUUUUGAAUAAAUAGUGCCUGGCACCAUUUGUGGCCCUCCUGUCAUUUAACUAUCGUAUAAAUGUUGACGGACGAGAGUGUGAAAACGGGACGAAUUGCAGUACUAAUAUACGAAAGAACCGAUCACACAUACACAUGCGUAUGACAAAUACAUAUUAUAUAGACAUCUCCGAAAGCGUUGACUUCUUACUUUUCAUUAUUUUGUUGAUACUUUUGAAACAUUGCGUAUAGGAAUCUCGCAAAAGUACAUCGAAGAGAAUUUUUUUGUGUGAUAUAUAUUCGAGCUUUGUCGGUCGAUGUGCACUACCGCAAAAGAUCGUCGAGAAAUCCAUUGAUGUUUUAUUGAUAUAUGAACCAAACGAAAAAGAAACUAAGUAAUUGUCGACGUGCUCUCGUUGUGGUUUUGUGGGAUUCGAAGAUUAUUGUCAAGCGAACUCGUUUUUUUUCUGUAUGCGUGUUUGAUAUAGAAAGAAAGAGAGCGAGAGAAAGCGACACGAAUAUUCGCCGUUAUGAUUAUAUAAAUAUAAAUCUAUAUGUACGUAUAUUAUAUAAUCUCCAGUUUUUAAGAUGAUCACAAAGUGCAAUCUCUUAGCCAACACACUUUUUAUCAAACAAAAAAAGUAUAAAGAAGUUGUUAUUUUUCAUAAAGAUGAUAUGAUAUUUAAUGUAUUGAAAGAGAUAGAGAGGAAAACGGAAAGAAGAUUGAUAAAUUUAUGCCUCCUCUAGUUGUACGAAAUUUUCCUAUUGGUGCGAAAUUUGUUGUGAAUGUGAAUUCUCAUUAAUUGCUGAUGGAUAUUGCGUAAUAUUGACUUCUCGAUUACUUCACGAGACAGAGCAAGGGACACAUAAUGCGCGAAAGAUGAUUGUGUAAAACAACUAGAAAGGAACAUUUCGAUCCUACAAUCUUUUUUGUACAAAAAAAAAACGAACCAACCAACUAUAACUAAUAAAAUGCGGCGGAUGAAAAAAAAACAUUACUCUCUGUCCAAGCCAGUGUGAUUAAUUAUAUAAAACAAAAAGUGUAAAAAUAAUGUUGAUAGAAAAUUGAUCAGGAUAUGUAAAUGGACCACUCGAUGUUUACUCUAGAAAGUUUUAAACAUACAAAUAAGAUGGAAGGGUUCAGCGGAGCCGGACAAAGCCGCCAUCGUUAGACACGUGCACGUGAGUUUUAUCAUUGAAAACAAAAAAACUUAUCGAGUUGUUCUUUCUCCACAAGGACAACGCGUUUUAUUGGUCAUGUAAAAUAUCGAGUCUUGUUUUUAGAGAUAUGAUUUCGUUUUUUUUAAUGUAAUUUAAUACAUAAAACAAGAAAAAUUGAUUGUAAAACACGAUAACUAUUAUUAUAUAUAUCGAGUUUAAAAAAAAUGAUAAAAGAAUGUUAUUUAAUAAAGAAAAAUUUUGAAAUUCUUGAAAGUGUUUAUUCAGUGCAAUUUAUAACGUCAACGAUCGAGGAAAAAGCUUUGGCGAAAAGAAGGCAGGAUGAAAUAGCGUGAAUUUUGUCCGUCUCCGGUGCUUGUACACGAAAUUACACUGACAAACGUACAUACUCACACAGACAAGUGGUACACAAGUAAAUAUUGUGAUUCGAAUUGUUUGCGUCUUGCAUGUGUAUCGUCGAGAAAAGAUGUGAAGAGAAUUCGUCUGUUUGUGAGAGCAAUACAUAGGAAAGGACUUGCAUUUGGAUAUAUGUUUAUGUGUAAAGCUUUUAAGAAAAAUUGUUGCUUCAAGUCUCACACGGAGUCUAUUUGCGGAUGCAUAGACGAGAGCCGAGAUCAGGGUGUUACUAAAAUAUUGUCCUCCGAAGUGAUUGGCUAUUUUCUUAGAUAAAUGACUAUAUAUUUUGUUUACGCCGAAGCUAGACGUAAUUGAAAUUUUAAAAAGGGUUAGAGCUUUAUUGAGGUAGAGAGAAAAAAACAAAUUGUCACGUUUCGUAAGUUUGGCGAGAAUGAGACGCGGUUAUGCCAUUGCGAUAUUGCUGUUGCGUUGUUUACCUAUCACGUCGCCCAUGUUUAUUCCUUCGCCCUAAUAUUAUAUUCGCAUAAAGAGAUAUAUCGACAGAUAAGAGUUACGAGAGCUUCAUUUUUCCUUCGUUCAAUUAUACUCUGUAUAUCGUAUGAAUUUUAGACUCUAGAAGUAACAAUAUUUAACGAUUACUGCGAUCCGACAAUUGCGCGAGGAAAAGUAGACAUAUAAAGCGAGGAGAGAAAAAAAACGAAAGCUCAGGUGUCGUUUUUAACUUUUUUGAGAAAAGGAUUCGCACAAGGGAUAACGAGGUAUUGUUCUUGUAUACAUAAACUGAUAACCGUACACUUACACAGACUCGUGUCGACGUACAACGUAUAUAAGUAAUCGUUCGCCGCGUUUGGAAAAAAAGCUCUAUGGUGCACAGAGCAGUGUUGUGUUGUAAAAAUCCGCGAAGGCAAAAGAAGAUUCGAGGGAAAUAACUCGUAGGACACAAAAAUUUGUUGAAUAUAUAAUAACGUUAUAUAUAUAUGGCAUGUACAUACACGAUCACGAAAAAAAAAAAUAAUGAACACAAGUUUAAUGUAAACCUAUAUAUUUUUAAUAUGAAAAAAGUGGAAACGCAAACUAUAUAUGCGAUUGUAUACUUAGGAUGUAACGAUGUUAAAGAGAAAAAAAAUGAAGAAGCAACGUGCGUACCAGUGACAAAGUAAAAAAAAAACAACGCGCCUGUUUGAUUCUCAUUAUGUUACUACUACACUUUCUUCUCCUGCCUUAUAUAUAGUUACUGUGUAAUUCUUUUUCUGUGUAUCUUUUGUUUUCUUGUUUACUCUAGGACAAACGGCACAAGCUCGUUAUUUAAGUUUGUGAAUUAAAAAGGCUUCUUUUUCUAUACACAUGCUACCUUUUUCCGUCGAAAUCUUACCCUCGAUCGAUCGAAGCAUCUCCAUAUAACGAUUUACCUGUAGAAACUAUGCUCUUUUCGCUCAAACGCUUUGUGGCAAUGUUAUACGCGCGCAUAUAGGAGAGUCUUGCUCGUAGAUAGGUAUACCACUCACGAUUGGGUCUUGUCUGUCGCCGAGAACGAAAAGGUUCGACCCGUUUGCGUAUGUUUACUUUUGUUUUGAAAAUCUCAUUAAAUGCAUUUAGAAGUGUUUGCUUGUCUAGUCAAAAUAUACUCAUGAAAAAGAAAGCGCAUCUAAUGAAUCGAAUAUUUCUUUGAGUGUUCAGCUGAGAUGAGAGAACAACACAACUCAAUUUUAACUUGUAAAAUGUAUACGAACGAGCUACGGAAUUUUGUUUCUGGCAAUGAUCGAUUUCUCAGCGCAUUUUUCUUAUAGGUAAAAGUAUAGACGAGUACAUAUGCUAUUUUUGAUCAAAUUAGCCGAGAGAUUUAUGGGGAUGACGUAACGUAGAUUAAAGUUGUUGUAAACGCAGUGCACUUAAAACUGAAAUGGACCAGCUUUUUGGGAAGAGAAAGAGGAAUGUGUUUUUGUAGCGUUAUAUUUUCUAAAUUUGAACCCAGUGAUUCUGAUACUGUACAGGUCGAGAUGAAAAUUCACGCUGUAAACCGAUAUAUAUAUAUAUAUAUAUAUAGAUUUAUAUAGAAAAAUGUCAAUGUACUAGCCACUAAUGUUGUCACCAUCUGAAUAAAAAAGCUUGUUAUAAAGAUAACACUUAUUAGCGUCGAUAAGUUUUAAGAAAACGCACUGUGUAUUGGUCAACGUUUUUUUUUUAAAUUAUACAUCAAAUUGUUUAUUUUUCAAUAACCAAUUACUAUGAGAUGUAAUAGUUUUCAAAAUCUAAACUUCCCCGAUAUGGGAGUAAAUCAAUUUCUUCGGAGAUGUCGAUUAAUUGUUAUACACACAGACAGAACAGAAGCGUUUAUAACGAACUUUUCUAAUUGUUUCUUAAACUUUUCUAACGAAGAGGGCAGUCUCUGGAUUUCGUACUAGUGUGAUAAAAAACAAAUACAAAUGAGAAAUGGACAGUAAUCGAAGUGAAACUCUCUUGACAUAUCCUGUGAUGUCUUCGCGUUAACGAUACCUUUAUUGUUCGAAUAAGUGAACAAGACGAUCUUCUCUGUGAAGCUUCUAGAAAAUUUCUUUCGAUUUGAAUCGCUAUGUAGACGAAUUCGCAAAACGAAGAUUUCACCAGACAUCGUCUUUUUAUAUAAAUGAAAGUUCAAAGAUUAUUUCUCACAGUAAAACUUUAGCAAGGCACACGUGAAAUCCGAAUCACAGACGCAUCAAUAUACGACUCCAUAGAACAAGUUAAAUAAGGAAACAAUAACGCAUACGUAACAAUAUAGUCUCGUGCAUUGAGGAUAAGUCCUUAGUGGAUUUUAGAAACUACCGAAGCUGUUUAUAGUAAUAAACACCUAACUGUUAAAACAAAAAAGAUUCGAUUGAACAGGAAAGUAACUCGCAUAGUGCCAUUGUAAUUGACUAAUAAAAAAAAGCAUCCAAGUUUGCGUUUUCUAUGUAAAGUAGAGGAGAAAAAAAUGCGCGCGUUUAAGUUCAAUUUUAGAUAACGUGUAUGAGAGUAUAUAGCGGAAAUUAAACGUUGAAAGGAAGAUUGUUUACGUUUUAUCUCUCAUUUGUGCACAGAUACGUAAUAAUCGUUAUAAACAAGUACACAUUGUAUACAGUACCUCCGCCUGGAAAAACGUAAAUAAAACUAAAUAUAUAUUGGCGUUAUAAGUACAUAUAUAUAUAAAAUUAUAUAUUUGCAUAUAAUUUUAUAUGUUAUAGUAUAAAAUAUAAAUAUAUAAAUGAAUAUUUAUGUUUUUUUUUCCAGAAUUUUCCUCGCGUCAAUGGGCCUGGAAAGUCCGCGCCAGACGUGUGUAUAUAUAUAAACUAUAUUAUACAUAUGUAUUAUUACGUAUAAUGAGCAAGAAAAAAUGUCCAAUCGAUAUCGAUGCAUAAUUAUACUAUAAUAGUGUCUCUCACACGAUCACAGUUUUAUUCUUCCCCCUUGGAACGCGGCAACGCAAUCGGUAUAUGUGCGGACGUUCUUUUCGGGGACCAUUGACGCAGACACUAAAGGGAAAAGUAUAAGGGAAAAAAUAAGUGCACAUACAGUUACGUAAUGAUAAACGGUGUAACGCGCGCAAAGAAAACUAACAAACCAGAUGUAAGCAAACCAAAUGCGAAUUCGCUCGCUGAAUUAUAAAGCUGUAUCACCACUGCAUUACUACAUGCGUAUAAAGAAAAUACCUGUAAUACGACGUUGUGAACGAAGAUGGACUAUUCAAAGCUUUAUUCACUGUAUGUAUCUCAUUUCUUGGUGCUCGAUAUUAAGAUGAAUGAUUGUUAUAACGUCAUUAUCAUCAACUAUUAAUAAUGCUAUAAAUAUUAUAUUGUCUUUAUUUUAUUAUGAUAUCUUUAUUAUUAUAUUAUAUUAUAUAUAAAUUUUAACUAUUAUUAUUACUGAUCUGUACGAUUGCAUUGUCAUUGUCGCCUAUAUAUUAUGUUUAUAAUGUCGGUCAGUAAGAGAGUGUAUAAGAGUUUUUAGUCUUUCUUUUCUUGCUCGUUUUUUCGACGAACGACUCAAGCGUUAUAUUAUUAUUAUAAAAGUGGAUGAAGCCUCUGUGUAUACAUCACAAUUAUUGAGUGAAAGAAGACGAUGUAGCGACAGAUACCGUUAUUAUGCGGCGAAACUUGUAAACACACAAAGUACACGUACACACAAGAAAAGAACACAUACACGCGACUAUUGUGGUUAAUAUUUCAGUGUAUCAGCAUAAUGAUAUAUGAUUAUUAUGAUGUUGCCCAUAGAAUACAUUUUACUUGGUUUUUAUA